GAACUUCCACGCGAGAACUUCCACGCUUGAUUUCCGCAUACUUCCCACGUGUCGCCGCCAUCGUUCAUUUUCUUAGAUUUAUAAGUGUAUAACGCCCAGUUCUCGACUCUGUAGUAGCACGCUCUCUGCUCUGAAUUGAGUUGCUUCAUUGCUUGUUUGGGUACUUGGAAAUGACUGGGAGGAAGAAAAGAAAGCUCAAAUCAAUUGAAACAAUCAACAAUGAUAGAAGAAUGACAGUGAAGGAUGGGAAGGAGACGGUGGAGCAGCGAACCCUUGCUGAUCUUCCUACAGAACUUUUGGAAUUUAUUCUGUCCCAUCUAACCCUAAAGGAUAGUAUACGUUCCUCUGUUGUUUCCAAGAGAUGGUAUGCUGCUGCAGUGUCCGUCCGAAAGGCAAACCACCCACCCUGGCUUAUGUAUUUCCCAAAAGCUGGUAACCUAUAUGAGUUUUAUGACCCAGCUCAUUGUAAGACCUAUUUUGUUGACUAUCCCGAGUUGUUUGGGUCGAGGGUUUGUUACACUAAAGAUGGUUGGUUGUUGCUAUAUAGACCCAGAAAUCAUCGCGUGUUCUUCUUUCAACCCUUUUCUAGAGAGUUGAUCAAACUCCCAAAAUUUGAAUUAACUUUUCAAAUAGUCGCCUUCUCUUGUCCACCAACGGACGCCACCUGUGUAGUUUUUACGGUUAAGCACAUCAGCCCCACUGUUGUUGUAAUCAGCACUUGUUGUCCUGGGGCAACAGAAUGGACUACUGUUAAUCACCAAAAUCGCUUGCCUUUUGUUAGUAGUGUUUGGAAUAAGAUCAUUUUCUAUAAUGGAAUCUUUUAUUGUCUGAGUCUCACUGGCUGGCUAGGGGUUUAUAAUCCAGUAAAACUUACUUGGCAUGUUCUUGUCGUGCCUCCUCCAAAAUGUCCUGAUAGUUUCUAUGCAAGAAAUUGGUGGAAGGGAAAAUUUUUGGCAGAGUAUGAGGGAGGUCUUUUAGUUAUUUAUACAUGUGGUACUGCGAACCCCAUCAUAUUUAAGUUGGACGUGACAAAAAUGUUUUGGCAAGAGAUGGAAACCCUUGAUGGUUUGACACUGUUUGCAAGUUUCUUGUCAUCUCAUUCAAGGACUGACCUCACUGGAACAAUGAGAAACUCUGUGUACUUCCCGAAAGUUCGUUUCUUUGGCAGGCGUUGCAUAUCGUACUCUUUUGAUGACCACAGAUACUAUCCUCGUAAGCAAUUUCAUGACUGGGGAAAACAAGAUCCUUUCGGAAACAUCUGGAUUGACCCUCCUCAAGACCCCUCAACCUUCUUUAACGAAAGCUGUUGACAGUUGACACAAGUCCAUCACCUAUGGAGUUGCUAAUGAAUCCAUGUUUACGAAAGCAUCCAUGAAGAAAGUACUAGUAAAAAGUUCGUCUGAGAUGGGCAGUGAAUAAUUCAUACAUCCAGGUUAACAAUAAGUCACCAGAGCAUACAUCGAACUCCACGCAGCCUUUACAGAGGGUACACUUUGAAGACCUGCUGAUUCUAUAUAUAUAAAAAAAAAAUUUGAAGACCUGCUGGUAAGAUCCUAUCGUUGCAUAUCUUGGGUAAAUUUCUCACGAAGACUUAGUUGUUUUAUGCAUGUGAUUUUUUGUCAAGCUAUUUUCAUUCCACCAUUGGAUGGGGUACUGUUGUAUUAGCGGUAGCAUAGGUACCCCGUACCCCUGAUCUAUUGGAAGUAUCCUUGUUUCAAAUUUCAAUUCACGUCAGAUGAAAACUUUAUGUUAGGGCUCGGAAUCCUGUACUAUGCUUGGAAGGUGCAUUGCUACUGCAGUGAACAAGUUUAUCUGUAUCGGUUGUAAUUUAUCUGAACUGUUGCUUGUAGUUUAUACAGUCUUGGGCAAAGUUCACUUAAUCUUUGACCAAGUUGAUAAUGUUACCAUUUUUAGUUUGCAUGGCUGUACGGAGUCCUCGAGACACUUCAAUUAGGCUUAAGAGCCGUUAUGUUGUUCUGAUGCAGUUUUUAAUGGCAAAAUCGAGAAUUGGAUUUA